AUGUUUUCAGUUGCCGCCAUAGUUGCCAUAAUAACCGGGUCACAAGUGCUCGCUGAAUGUGACAUCAAAUCAGGAACGGGUUUGGCUCUCAUUGGGCAUGCGUACUUGAGCCUCCCAGUGCAAGACGCCCAUCAGUGUUAUGAGAAAUGCAAGUCAGACGAACCAAAGUGUCGUAGUUUGAAUUACUAUGGUGACAGCAAGUUCUGUGAGCUUAAUAACGUAACCAGGACAUCUCAUCCGGGUGACUUGAAGGAAAAUCCCGUAUCUGUAUAUUUUGAAAGCCGAUAUAGAGGUAACAACCAAUAGCCAUGAUAUGUUAGCAUGGUCGAUCAAGAGAUUAAAAGUUCCUUAAAUACAAACGCCGAAGUUCAGAGACUCACAACAGUAUUGUCAUCCACUUAUUCUGUGCAAACCUUUCCCUAGUUUUAGAAACGAGCGAAGAGUAACCACUUAAAGUAUGGCUGGAAACGACGCUCUCUUUUGGCACUAAAUAUAGCUGAAUAUUGAUUACAGUCAACUUCUUCUAAGACGGACACCUUUGGGACCGGCAGUAAGUGUCCGUCUUAGAGAGAUGUCCGUCUUAUAGAGAGUCAAAUAAAGGAAGUAAAAAGAAAGGCAGGGACCAACUCUAGGUGUCCGUUUUAGGGAGGUGUUCGUCUUAUAGAGGUGUCCGUUAAGAGAGAGUCGACUGUACCACCUAUUUUUAUUACUUGUCUCUCUUGCUUUCACCUAUCCUUAUUGUCCUGCAUGUUAUGUCGAAGAAAAGAUUGAAAAAAAAAAUGAAAAUCUGAGUAACAGAUCUUUAAAACAUCCACAGUUACCACUGGUUCACAGCGGUCUGUUGCAGCCAGUUCUUGUCAAGACAUUUUGCAGCGAGGGGACUCAACCGGAAAUGGAUUCUACUGGUUGGAUUCAAAUAGUACUGAGGACCCGUAUGUUACGUUUUGUAACAUGACCAGCGGAGGAGGUAGUACCGAUACACGAUUGGAUCAACCAUUGCUUUCGCCUUAAACCACGCUGUCUUAUACCUGUAACCUCUGACCCAAGUCUUAUCUUACUUUUUCAUGUUAUUUUGAGUUUUGGUUGCACUGGAACUCGUAACAAAAAUAUUUGCUAGUGGAUAAAAACUCGUUCAGACUUUGGGUAGUAUAACAUACAAGGCGCGGGAAACAACCCCAAAGUUCUUUUUUACCUUAGGCCUCUUAGUCUGCCCGUGGGACAGAAUCUGGGGAAUCGGUGGCAAAGCGGACAAAACAAUGGUUUUUGUAACUGGUUUUUCAGUUUUCCUCUCUUGCAUGAGCAGGACCGUCUUAUGAAUUAGGUAAGGAGAAACUUUCAUAAAGUAGAAUAAAAUCGGACCGGGAAAGGCACUUUUCUCGUAAAAAGAAAAAAACGUGUUAUUAAUUUUUUGGGAGGUGGGGAGGGGCAAAGGAAUUGCUUGUUAAAUUAUGAUUAGGCAUCCUAAACUGACAUCCAGCUCCCAUUAUAUUUUCAAUCAGUAGUCAAUUAAUAGACAGAAAUGCGUUUCAGAAAACUGGCCCCAGUAAUUAUGUAACUCUGAUCUUUAUCUCAGUUAUCAUAGUUUAUGCGUUGUUUUUAACAGAUACUAGUGCCUCAUUUGACUUGAUAUUUAAAGACCGCAAUACUUCCAACUACGUCGAACUUGAAACGUCUUUCCCAAAUCUCUCCUCGUUCACGGUGUGCUUAUGGUUCAAAUCCAUGGAGCGACAAUUGCUUUUCUUGUCUUACGCCACGGAACCCUUCACAGACGCAAUCAUGAUGUUUUUAAGCUCAACCGGACUAUUCAGAUUUCUGGUGAUGAAUGAGCAAACGUGAGUACAUUUUGAUGUGACCGAACUGACGAGGCAAGAUAAAUUUUAGACUAAGAUAGACUCUUUAUUUUCAUCAGCCUUAGUAGAGGGAGCAAAAAAAAAGAGAGCGCGCGUGAGUCGCUAUCGAAAUUAAAGAGGACUCUUUGUCUAUGGGUACUAUCAGAAAAAAAAAUCAAAUUUGAGUGAUAUUAGUGAAGAGGCCGUGGAUUAAUUAAUCAUGAGCAGUUGUCUUAUUUGUCGAUCUAGGCACUGUAAGCGUGGCUGUUGAACUAGCCUGAGUAUCAGGCCUUCCUAAGGGGCUAAGGGAGAGGAGAUUUUUUUCGCGCUUUUUCUUUUUUCGCUUCUCUCUUGCCCAUUUCCCCCCCAAAACGCCUGAUACUCAGGCUCCGGUUAAACAAGCAGAGCUUUAUUUCAUUGUCGUAAAACCGGAGCACACUGAGUUAAUAGUCUAAAACAUUUUUUUCUAGUCAUGGUCAUACAGGAACCUUUGAAGACAAGACUUGGCAUCAUUUGUGUGGUACAUGGGCCAAUCAUGAUGGUGUUGUCAGAUUAUUCAUAGAUGGUGACUGCAAACUUACUAGCGAUCGAACCAUCCAUGGGGUAAUUCCUGGCACUGGAAAGCUGAUUUUGGGGCAAGACCAAGAUAUAAUGGGAGGGGCUUUCGUUUAUCAGCAGAGCUUUGUAGGCGAAAUGAGCCAUCUGUACAUCUGGAACACUGAUCUGGGAACCAGCGUCAUAUCCACCUUGAGCAUGCACUGUAAAGAGCAUCCAUACCCUGGUUAUAUUAUGAAGUGGUCUGACUUCACGGAGGCGGGGAUACACGGCAAUAUAACGAAGCGAAAUAACUCAAGAUGCUUAACAGCGCAAGACAUGCUGCCAUAA